GUCAUUGUCAUUAGUUGAGUAUUUGACAGAAGCGGCAUGUAAACAACAUGUGCAUUCGGUGGUGACAGGAAUUUAAUUUACGUUUUCCAGAUUUGUAGUGUUGAAUUGAUAAAAAUGGAAUCGACAAGUGUCGAACAAUUGCCCAACGACGUGAAAAAUGAGACGAGUGACAAUGUACAGAUUGACAAAACCGAUGAAAAUCCACAACAACAGCGACAAGACUUCAAUUCGGAGUACAAUAAAAUCGAGCUCGGAAAUCUGGGCAAAUUCGCUUUUGGGGAACUACGUGCAUUAAUCAAGAAAUUAAAGCUAAAACCGACAAAAAUCAAGACAACAAAUAGUUAUGGUGGCCGCGAUUUUGCUUUCUUAUGUUUCCGUACGGUGGAAGAAAAGGAAUCGGCCAUGAAACUGUUUAAUGGUUACAAGUGGAAAGGCAAAGAGAUAUCGGCAAAAGAAGGAAAAGCCGUAUUGGAUCCAUUGAUCAAAAGACGUCUCGCAGAAGAGAGUCUGGAUCAGAAUGCGCCAAAACCGAAGAAAUUCCGUAAAAAAACGGUCGUCGAAGCAACCGUUCCAUUGGCUAAUGUUCCAUAUGAAAAUCAACUCAUUCGCAAAGAAAAGGAAUGCAUGAAACAUUUGCAGGCGUAUGCGACAUCGGUUAAGAAAGCUUCACUUGAACUCCGACCGAUGAUUCAGGCCAAUGAAAAGGAGAAAGGUUUGCCCUGCAUUUGGCAUGGAAUAAAACAAGCGCCAAAAAUCAAUGGCUAUCGGAACAAGUGCGAAUUUGCCGUUGGAUUGAAUGCAAAUAACGAGCGAACGGUUGGCUUUCGUUUGGGUAGCUACACCGAUGGUUCGCUUGAAGUGGCAUCAAUUCAAGACUUACCUCACAUACCGGACCGUACGAAAUUGGCCGUUCAAUUGUAUGAGUCAUACAUAAAACAGUCAAAGUAUGAUGUAUUCAACAUGCAAGUGUACAAGGGACAAUUCAGGCAGUUUACCGUUCGAUUGUCAGAGUCAACUGGCGAAAUCAUGAUUGUCGCUGGCAUUCAUACCACAGAAAUUCUUGAUGAACUCGACGAUUUGCUCAAAGAUAUUGUGGACUUUUUCACGGAACGUAACGGCAAAGAACUCAAUGUGUCAUCGAUUUAUUUGGAAGAAAUAAAUAAACGGGAAAUUGGACAGGUACAAAACAAUUUUCGACAUGUUCAUGGGUCGAAAUAUAUUACGGACACAAUUUUGGGAUUGAAAUUCCGCAUUAGUGCCGCAUCAUUCUUCCAAAUCAAUACACAAUCGGCUGAAGUACUGUAUGAGUUGGCAAUUAAAAUGGGAAAAAUCGACUCCGGCACAACGAUACUCGAUAUUUGCUGCGGCACAGGCACAAUUGGACUAUGCUUCGCCAAGCACUGCAAAGAGGUGCUUGGUGUUGAGAUCAUCGCAGAUGCCAUCAACGAUGCAAAAUUUAACGCACAGGAAAACGGAAUUGAAAACUCGAAAUUUUACGCCGGAAAUUGUGAUGAUUACAUUCAUUCCCUGGUUUAUGAAGCAGAAAAUGAAAAUCUGCUGGCUAUAAUUGAUCCACCAAGGGCUGGAAUUCAAACAAAAUCAAAAGAAGCGCUACGAAAUGCACGCGGAUUGAAUCGUUUCAUUUACAUUGCGUGUGCGCCAAAAGCAGCGAUGCAAAACUGGAUUGAUUUCAGUCGGCCAUGCUCGAAAACGCUAAAAGGCGAACCAUUUGUGCUGAAAGAAGCGGCUGCUGUCGAUAUGUUCCCACACACUGAGCACAUCGAAAUGGUGCUACUGUUCGAGCGACUUGUUAGGGUGCAGAAAGCAAAGGAAAAAGAAAAUGGAAAUGAAACCCAAACCAGUGCCGCAAGCAGCACAUAACGUACUAUACGCACAUAACGUAUUAUAGUAUACGCAGAAAUAAAAUAAAUUGUUCAUCGCAAAAUAAGUUGAAUAAAAUUGAAUUCUUACGAAAA